AUGACUCCAUCACCACCUCUCCCAAUUGAGAUAGUAGACAAAAUCAUAAAGUAUUUCUGCGAAGAUGCAAACUAUACGCCAAAUGACGGCGUUAAUAGUGCUUCGAAACCUUUCUUGAAUCAUACUUCAGUUGUAGACUUGCUAAGAUUACGAUUAGUUGGGCACUCGUGGUCGAACAGUGUUUCGCGCACAGUCAACGAUUCCUUACACUUGGAGCAGCCUUGGGUACAUAAGUACAUCGUCACGAUGUGGAGUACCUGCCUUAUCAAAUCAGAUUUCUUCUGUUUAACUCGGCUAUCAUUGAACAACGUUAUGUUCCAACCCAAAUCCACCUACGGUCCUUUCUAUGAAUCAAUUAGAGAUCCUAAACUUCGAAUCCUCGAAUUAGAGCAUCAACAUUACUCAUCAAAGUCUAUUUUUAUGCAAGAUGCUGCUGAUAUUAUCAGGUUAUGCGGCAGAAAACUGAUCGAACUCAGCAUAACAUUUACCGAUGCUGUUGGAUUUUCUGACAAACUAAUCAGUGCGAUUGAUCAGAUUGAAAGUUUAAAAAGUCUAUUUAUCCAAGGCAACGCGAACCACAAUCUCACGAAUGAUUCAAAAUCUCUAGCGAACGUAUUGAACGGCACUUACGAAUUAGAGUCUUUAUUGCUCAAGUUUUCUACUCUAGAGUCGUUGGAUGUCGGGACGAUUGCGAUGCCUAAGUUGAUGCAUCUAUCGGUUAGAUGUGAUGCUAUGAACAAUGCGGCCAUCAACAAAUUCUGUCAGGCAGAAGGGAGACGCAUCAAGUUCCUAGAAUUCAUCCCAGAUAUUUUUUGUGACGACUCGCAAACCAUGAUCCUGGGGCUGCAAGAUCAUCUGGAGGCAUUGUUUAUCGAUGUACUGCCAAACUUUAUCCCUCUAGACCUAUGUAUGACACGUUUCCCGAAACUCAAGAUUUUGAGAACCACCUGCAUCAAUUCGAGACGAACAACACCUGAUUGGGCCGAAUGGAGCUUCUUUGAUUCAGUAGAAAUUAUGAUUACCCCUCAUGUUGCGACCAGCGAUUAUCGGCGAAGAGAGCUGGAAAAAGCUGCAUUACUGCCCUUACCUCCAACCUUGAAGCACUUAGUUUUCACCUUUGAGGGGGCAAUGGUAGUGAGGGAUGAGGUUUUAGUAAGGUUGUUUGGAGCUCACGGGGUAAAAUGCCAUUUCAUGCCUAGAUUAAGUUACUCCGAAGUAUUGGUGGGUCUUCUUGUUAUGAUCGUCGCCCAACAUCUCUCUCAACAUAAAUCUUCGGAAGCUCAUCACAUUCAACAAUCCUCUGAAUCUGAAGACGAACGAGUAGACCAUAUUCAACAUCGUCAAGAAAACAACAUUGACGACAGUGGUUUCAUGAUCACCGAUUCUGUCAAUUACCUCGGUGCCGAAAAAUUUCAACUUGUUUAUGACUCCGGAGCUACCAAAUCCACCAUCAACAACCUUGAUCUAUUAAUUGAUCCCAAACCAAUCUCGAAAUCCAUGAAUACUUAUGGAGGAUCAGUCGCCAUUUCUCAUGUCGGCAAACUCAAUUUUGGAGGCACCAUCAUUUAUCCGGUGUACUACUCUGAAAACGGUCCAAGAAAUCUGAUCUCAACUACUCAACUUGAGGACCAUGGAAUGAAUAUAAUUCAUUCUCAUCGAAAAGUACAAGUAAGAUUAGGUGACAAAACCAUAUUUCGUUUCUUUCGUGAUGGUGAUUUGUAG